AUGUUUGAUGAACGUGGUUUGGAUCCAACUGUAUGUUACAAAAUACGAGGCUUUUUAGAAGAGCAUGAGCAACUUCAUGAAGUUCAUUGUGAAAUAAAAAAAGAAUUAGAUGGUAAAGAUAGUGCAAAAUUAUGCAAAUUGUCAUAUGAAAAUUAUACCACUGCCCUCAUGACUAUGAAACCAAAACUUAUGAGUAUAAUUGGGGCUUCAAAUGAUGAAUAUGACGAACUAGUUAAAAAUAUGGGAAAUGAAUUAAUAGAAUUUGAAUCUUUUAAUUCACGA